AUGGCACAAGCUGAGAUAUCCCAUCCCAAGAAUCAGUUGGAACAUGUCGAGUCCACAGUCGAGGUUGCGGUUCCCAAGGGGGAUCAGGCUAUUCAACUGAUCGAAGACGCAGGAGGCUCAAUGACCUUGACCCCUGAGAACAAUAAACGGGUGCUUCGAAAGAUCGACCUGCGUCUGCUACCUAUUCUGCUGUCCAUUUAUUUCCUUCAGCAACUCGACAAAUCCACCCUGUCCUAUGCCUCCGUUUUUGGCCUCGUUGAAAAGGCUCAUCUGCAUGGCUCGAUGUACUCCUGGCUGGGCUCGGUCGUGUACGUGGCCCAGCUGGUCUUUCAGCCUUUGGUUGCCUACCUUCUGGUGAAAGUGCCCCUUGGGAAGUUUAUGGCAGCGUCCGUUCUUCUUUGGGGCAUCGCUCUAUCCUGUAUGACAGCGGCAGAGACAUUUGCGGGACUGAUGGUAUGCCGAUUGUUCCUUGGUAUCUUUGAAGCAGGGAUUGCCCCGGCGUUUAUUGCAGUCACUCAGAUCUGGUAUCGUCGACGCGAACAACCCGUCCGACUUGGCUCGUGGUAUGCGAUGAAUGGAGUGGUCAACAUGGUUGGAAGUCUGAUCACCUACGGAUUGGGACACAUCAAAUCCUCCAUCUUUGAGCCUUACCAAAUCAUCUUCCUCUUCUUUGGUCUAAUCACUGUCGGAAUAUCUGGCGCCGUCUUGGUCUUCAUGCCAGACUCACCCAUAACUGCCAAAUUUCUCGAUGAAGAGGAUAAACUCGUUGCCAUUGAAAGACUUCGCAUGAACCAACAGGGCAUUGAAAACCAUGAGUGGAAAUGGGAACACGUGAAAGAAGCAUGUCUGGAUCUGAAAUCCUGGAUGUGGUUUUCAUUGAUGGUCUCCAUUUCUAUUCCCAGUGGUGGCAUUACUACCUUUGGGCCCUUGAUCGUGGAGUCUUUCGGAUUCAACUCUCUCAAUACCAUUCUCCUCAAUGUGCCCUUUGGCGCCGUUCAACUCAUUGCCACCAUGGGUGGUGCCUGGUUGGCUACUGCCUGGAAGAUGAAGGCUCCCGUUUUGGCACUCCUAAUAGUGCCGCCAAUUGCAGGCUGUCUCAUGCUGCUGAAGAUCCCCCAUGACGAUGCUCAUAAAGGACCCCUGCUUGUUGGGUAUUAUAUUAUCUCCGUCUAUCCCGGCAUAACGCCAUUGAUUUACUCAUGGUCUGCUGCAAAUACCGCAGGUGAGACAAAGAAGAAGGUGACAACUGGUAUCCUUCUUGUUGGACAAUGUGUCGGUAACAUCAUUGGGCCGACUCUGUACACAACCGAAGAGAAGCCUUUAUAUCACCGUGGUCUUACCGCCGACCUUUCACUUUUCUGUGUCUUGAUGGUUCUCGUUGGCUUGAAUACGGCAUAUCUCUAUUUCCUCAACAAGAAACACGAGAAGCGGCGUGUUGCCAUGGGCAAAGACGCCAAGAUUGUGGAUUUUUCGAUGCAUGCCGUGGGCGCCGUUAUCGAAGACAAAGAAGGCCUCCCUGUGCAGCAAGUUGUCCAAGACAACGCAUUCAAGGAUCUGACGGACAUGAAGAACGAGGACUUUGUAUACGUAUACUAA